AUGACUGCCCCAUCACCAAAUUCCCAUUUCCCUGAAUCUGUUUUUCAUAAUCAUUAUCACCACCAUCAUUUCAAAACCAUGUAUGCUUCCUCUUCUUUGACUCCAAACAACACCUCUACUGCUGCAGUUUCACAUGGAGCCACCAGUCUCCUCUCAUUCAUCUCUGAAAUCCAAAUGUUUGAACUUCUCACUGCCAUCCUGGUAUUCAUAACCAUCCAUUCUCUCCGCCAGAAGAAUCGCCAGGGCCUCCCCAACUGGCCCCUUGUCGGGAUGCUGCCUUCCCUCUUCCUCGGCCUCCAGAGCAACAUCUACGAAUGGAUUUCCAACAUCCUGUGCCGUCAGAACGGAACCUUCACCUUUAAAGGACCCUGGUUUUCGAACUUGAAUUGUGUGGUGACCUCUGACCCUCGAAACCUAGAGUACCUUCUCAAAACAAGGUUUUCAAACUUCCCGAAAGGAGAGUACUUCCGGGACACAGUCAGGGACCUCCUUGGAGAUGGAAUUUUCAGCGCAGAUGAUGAUAUUUGGCACAGGCAGAGAAAGACAGCAAGUCUGGAAUUCCAUUCCGGAAAAUUCAGGCAGAUGACAAUCAAUUCCAUCUUGGAGUUGGUGCAUAAUCGUCUCCUGCCUGUUCUAGAGGAUUCCAUCAGGGAAUCAACCUGGAUGGAUCUACAGGACAUCCUUUUAAGACUAACCUUCGACAACGUCUGCAUAAUCGCCUUUGGUGUCGAUCCAGGCUGCCUGAGACCAGGCCUGCCUGAUAUUCCCUUCGCCAGGGCGUUUGAAGCUGCAACAGAGGCCACAAUUAUGCGAUUUGUGACCCCAACUCUGGUCUGGAAACUAAUGAGGCAUUUCGAAAUUGGAAGUGAAGGGUCACUCAAGAAGUCAAUACAGGGAGUGGACGACUUUGCAAAGGAGGUGAUUCGGGCGAGGAAGAAGGAGCUUGAGCUUGAUGGAGGGAAGCAGAGAUCAGACCUGUUAUCAGUGUUCAUGGGACUGAGGGACGAGAAGGGGGAGGGGUUUUCCGAUGAGUUCUUGAGAGAUAUUUGCGUGAACUUCAUCCUGGCGGGUAGAGACACGUCGUCCGUCGCACUGAGCUGGUUUUUCUGGCUACUGAGUAGGAACCCUGAAGUGGAGGACAGAAUCCUGGCGGAGAUUUGCCAGAUUGUGAAGGAAAGGAAAGAGCACGAUGAGAGCAGCGGACAUGGAGAUGAUUUGGUGCUGAAGGCAGACGAAGUGAAGAAGAUGGAUUAUUUGCAGGCCGCCCUCUCGGAGUCUCUCCGGUUGUACCCCUCCGUCCCUGUCGACCAUAAAGAGGUAUUGAACGACGACAAAUUUCCAGAUGGAACAGUGCUGAAGAAGGGAACAAAAGUGGUGUACGCGAUUUACACAAUGGGGAGAAUGGAGGCGAUAUGGGGGAAGGACUGCCGCCGGUUCAACCCGGACCGGUGGCUGCGGGAUGGUCGGUUCAUAAGCGAGUCGGCUUACAAGUUCACCGCCUUCAACGGCGGCCCUCGCCUCUGCUUAGGUCGGGACUUCGCCUACUACCAGAUGAAGUUCACGGCCGCGGCCAUUCUCUACCGGUACCGCGUGGCGGUGGUGGAGGACCACCCGGUGGUUCCGAAGAUGGCGUUGACUAUGUACAUGAAGCACGGGCUGAAAGUGGCACUCACGAAGCGCGAUCCUUCCGAGCUCGAGAAGCAUCUGAACGGACGUUAA